ACCACCCUCUACCGGUAAGGGAAAACCCCAACCCUAACCCUAAAAAUCGCUUCCCAAAUGGAAUCGUGGAGCGUAUGUUGGGAGAGGAUCUGAACCUUGUUAAUGGCGCCGAGGGAGGCGAGGAGCAUCGCGGUGAGAUCGAAUCCAGCGGCGGCGGAGGCCGAGGUGGAGCUGAGCCUCGGGCUCUCCGUCGGCGGCGUGGGGGGUGGCGCUGCGGCGGCGGUGGAUCGGGCGGCGAUGGAGGCUGCGGCGGCCAGAUCGAGGGCGAGGGAUAGGGAGGCGAGGGAGGCGGAGCCGAUCUCCGGUGUGCGGCGGAGCGCCGCCACGGCGGCCCAAUUCCCCCGCAUCGGGUUCCUUCCGAACCCUAACGCGCCGGCGCCGUACGUGUUUUCCUACCCCUACCCCCAUCUCCACCCCCACCAACAGGUGCAGUACAUGCCAGUGUCGAACGGGUUCAGGUUCCAAUACAUGGCGCCGUGCUGGUCUCCGGCGCCGGCGCCGGCAGGCGUCGGGAACCCGGUGAACCUCUCCGCCGGAGAGGGGGGUUGCGCCGCCGCGUCGCCGGGGAGCUCGCCGCGGACGGGGAGUAGCUCGUCGGGUGUGUCGGAUCAGCAAAGUGGGUCUGUUCGAGGCUCAAGCGAUUGGAGCCACUCAAGGAGCAACUCAGGCAUAAGCUUAACCGAAAACCGCAAUUCGAGCGCUUCCCAAUCCAGCUUGAUGACGAACACCGCAACCACUGCCAACACCUCUGCUAACAGCGGCGAGCCCACGCCAGCUUCUAAUGACAGCAAGCACGAGGACCCGCUCCUCCCGCGAAUGCCGUGCGUGACGACGACCGGGAACGGGCCCAACGGGCGCACGGUCACGGGGUUCCUCUACCGCUACACCAAGUCGGAGGUCCGCAUCCUGUGCGUCUGCCACGGCAAGUCCUUCUCCCCGGCCGAGUUUGUCGAGCAUGCCGGCGGCACCGACGUCGCGCAUCCGCUGCGCCGGAUCGUGGUGGUGCCCUCCUAACACUUGACUUUGUGUUCUAGGAGUGUUGUUCUUCGUGGCCUUAAUUUCUUUCUUCUAAAUUUGUGUUUUUUUAACUUUUGGGUUGCAUGCAUGGGUGCAAGACUCAGAUGAGUAGAGUUUAAGUUGUACAUAAUGUUUGAUGAUAGGAAGAAGCUAACAAAAUGGCCCCUGAAUGAAUUUCCUUUCCAUUUA